UUACGGCAAAGUGAACAUGGUUGGCCAAAAACAUUAAUUUAAAAUCAAUCAAACUGCAGAUCACUUGCACUGAAAACCCCUAUAAAAACCACUUUUACAGCUUUGUUCGCAUAGUUCGCACUAGUGUUUAAAGACAAUGAACAUCCUUGUAUUUAUCUGCAUGUUAGUUGGCGUUAAGGCGCUGGAUCAAAGUCUAGUGGAGCUUAUGCAGGCGAAAAUACAGGAAUACGGCAUGUCCUGCAGUGCACAGGAAAAUGCCUCUGAAGACGACAUAGCUGCCUUGUUGGAGAAAAGAAUGCCGCCUUCGCACGAAGGAAAAUGUGUCCUUUUCUGCGGGGCCAAAAAGUUCAAUAUCAUGCAUGAGGAUGGCAGCUUUGGAGAAGGAUAUGUGGAGUGGCUGAACAAAGCCGAAGCAGAUGACCCGGAUUUCUACAAUAAACUAAUGGACAUCAAGAGAAAAUGUGAAGUCAAAGUCGAACAUUUAAGCGAUUUAUGCGAAAAAGCAGCUUCACUUGCCGACUGCAGUCAACAGGAGUCGCGCAAGGUAACUAAUCCAGAAAAAAACGUAUACACAAAUGAACGUUUCGCUACUUUGAGCAGCCCACGUAUUCAGAUGUUGCCUAUAAGUUUGGCGAUGGUCUUCCAAGCCCAAAAACUCACUUCUUGGGGAACUAAUCAAACUUUUUCGGUGUUUCAGAACGGACUUGACAAGUAUUUGUUUUAAUUCAUACACGUUCGCUACGCCUGAAUCAUCCAGUGAAGACAUUUAAAUAAAUUAGUCAGCAUUUGAA